AUGUCCGAGUCACCCCGGUCUGAGAAAUACAUGUGCCUGACCCGGUUCAGCACCCCAGUCCCCGAGCUGGACGAUCACCGAUUCCAAUUGGAACCUACGCAGCCGCGCAUUGAGGCCACCCCCGAUGCCCAGCUCAGUCGCCAGAAUACCGCCCAACAGGGGCUCCCCCCGGAUACUCCCCAGCGCCCCGAUCUGCUUCAUGUGCAGGAGGCGCUGCGGGAGGCCGGCUCAUUCUCGCGAGACUUUGAGCAAGCCGUCGUCGACGACGACCAAGCCGGCAAGGAUAUAAAUGCGCUGGGUCGGCGUUUCUCUGUCGAUCCGCCCGGCAAUACCCGUCAAGGCCGUUCCUAUAGCCGCGCCCCUCAGGACCUCACCAACGUGUCGAGAGAAUCGUCCGUCUCCGCCCGGUCAACGUCGCCGCCAAACUCCGUCGAAGCGUUCGCCGACCCCCGCCGUCGCGAGCGCGCAAAUACCCUGGAAAGCCAUGGCGCGCCCGACCUCGAGGCGAUCCUGCAGCGAACCGUCUCUGGCGGCACCCACGCUCGCCGUCGCACGUUCAGCAAUGCGAGUAUCAUCCGGCCCCAAGCGGGCGAAGUGCAAUUGGAGCCCGCCGAUGACCCUUGCGUUCCGUCGUAUGAGGAGCCGGGCCGGAUUCCGGUCAUUGAUUACGAGGAAUUGGAGGAAUUCGUGGCCUUGAAUCACAAGGCAAAGCCCACCACAACGAGACAGUGCCAAAGCCUCGGCCAGAGCAAUCAACAGCGGGUCUUCUAUGAUCUCCGCCCAGGCGCCCAGAAAUCCGGCGACGAAGAAAAACGCUCAUCCAGCGUGGAACGAUCUUCGGAUGACUACAUGACAUCGGACCCCAAACUCGAUGAAAAGGCCUUGGCGGAGUCCGUGGACGAGAAGGAACUCUUGGCGCACCUGAAAAACGAGAAUGAGCCCAGUCGGUUUGGCUUCUUCUCGUCCGAGUCGCAGAGCACCGUACAUGCUGCCGAGCUCGGUGAUCUCGUCUUGCCGGGGGAUACGUUCCGGGAUCUCUUCCAGCUAGGUCCGGAAGGGGGCGUGUGGUGGUUGGACGUUUUGAACCCCACGGAGGCGGAAGUUAGCGCGCUCUCGAGGGCGUUCUCCAUCCAUCCGCUGACCACGGAGGACAUCAUGACCCAAGAAGCCCGAGAGAAGGUCGAGCUGUUCAAGCAGUACUACUUUGUUUGCUUCCGCACCUUCUACCAGCUCGACAAGACCAGCGAGAAUUUUAUGGACCCCGUCAACUUUUACAUGGUGGUGUUCCGUGAUGGAGUGCUGUCAUUUUCGUUUACCGACAAUCCGCACUCGUCCAAUGUCCGGCAAAGAAUCGGCAAGCUUCGCGACUACGUGUCCCUGAGCAGUGACUGGAUAUGCUAUGCCAUGAUUGACGAUAUCGUCGACAGUUUCGGUCCUGUUAUUCGCGAAAUCGAAGUCGAAUCCGAAGCCAUCGAGGACCUGGUGUUCAUCGCGCGCAUGGACGAUUUCGAGUCGUUUUUGCCCCGGAUCGGCGGCCUACGCAAGAAAGUCAUGAGUUUGAUGCGUCUCCUGGGUGGCAAAGCCGACGUCAUCCGCGGGUUCUCCAAGCGCUGUAAUGAGCAGUACUCGGUGACUCCGCGUGGUGACAUUGGCCUCUACCUGGGUGACAUUCAAGAUCACGUCGUGACGAUGAUGUCUAACCUAGCGCAUUUCGAAAAGAUGCUCAGCCGGUCGCAUACCAACUACCUUGCCCAGUUGAAUGUGACCAACCUGGUGCUGGGCAAUCACGUCAACAAUGUCUUGAGCAAGGUGACGCUCAUCGCCACUAUGCUAGUUCCCAUGAACCUGAUCUGCGGCUUGUUUGGCAUGAACGUGCAUGUCCCAGGAGAGAAUGCCGACGGCUUGGGGUGGUUCUUUGGCAUUCUGGGUGUUAUCGGCGCUGUGAUUAUCCUCAGCGGUGUAGCUGCCCGAUUUUAUAAACUUGUAUAG